AUGUUGGGUGUAUCUAGACUCGGUAAAGAUAUUCAGACUUCAGUUAAGAAGGCAUGCUCUUCGACUGAAACUGCCCCGAAGAGAAAGCAUGUCAGAGCAUGUAUCGUCUAUACUUGGGAUAGGAAGUCUUCAAGAGCUUUUUGGGACUCAAUUAAGAUGUUACCCAUACAGGAAAAUGAAAUUCAAAUUUUCAAAGCCUUGAUUACUAUCCAUAAAGUUUGUCAAGAGGGACAUCCCUCAUGUUUGGCAGGUGCAUACAGAAAUAUUCCGUGGAUAGAGUCGCUUGGCCGAUACAGAUCACCAGAUGGUCAAUCAAGGUAUGAGAGACUUAUUCAUGAAUAUUCUUCAUAUUUAGUACAGAAAUCCCGCUUUCACCAUGAUCAUCGUGGCUUUAAUGGGACAUUUGAGUAUAAGGAAUACAUAUCAUUAAUUGCUGUCAGUGAUCCAAAUGAAGGCUACCAGAACAUUAUUGAUUUGGAGGAUCUUCAGGAUUCGUUGGAUAAUUUAGGACGACUUGUUCUUGCCUCUGCAUCGCAGAACAGAGGUAAUGAAUGCAUGACAAGUGCAUUGGUUCCUCUUGUUGCUGAAUCAUACGGGAUUUAUAAAUUCCAAAUUUCAAUGCUCAGAGCGAUGUAUAGUAGUUCGAGUUCUCCUGAAGCAUUGGAACCUUUGAAGGAGAGAUUUGAUGAGCAGCAUCAUAGAUUGUAUGAUUUCUACGCCGAUUGCUCAAGUAUCAGAUACUUGACAAGUCUGAUAACAAUUCCAAAAUUACCCGUUGAACCUCCAAACUUGUUGGUUGGGGAUGAUGACAAUGCAUCAGGCGUUGACUCUCAAGGUGUGAAAGAAAUGCCGAGCGUCAGUACUAGUCCUAGCAUUGAUAGCAGUUCAGACAGCAGACUGGCUGGUCGUAGCGGAAGCGUUGCUGUGCAACAAACUGGUGCUGUGGCAAAUGCUUUUGACAUACGCCAGAAGAAGUAUGAACAGCAGCAAAGUGAGUUUGCUCGUCAGCAGGAGGAGAGAAAUCUUGCUCAACAACGUCAGCAGCAGCAACAACAACAAUAUUGGCAGCAGCAGCAGCAGCUAGCCCAGCAACAGCAGGAAGCAGCGCAAAAGCAGUUGAUGUUAGAUCAAGCCCAAAGUCAGGCCCAAGGAAAGGUUGCCGAAUUGGAAAGGGAUUUGUUAGCUCUCAGAGGACAACAUGAUGAGGACCAAUUAAUGUUACAAAGCUAUGAUCAAAAGGUUCAGUCAUUAGAAAAUGAAUUGAAUAACACAACAAAUUCGGCACAGCAGCAGAUUGCUUCAAAGGACGAGCAGUUACAGAGUUUAAAUGAGCAAAUCGUCUAUUGGAGAAAAAAAUACGAGUCAUUGGCAAAAUUGUAUACACAGCUUCGAACGGAACAUUUGAACUUGCUGUCUAAAUUCAAGAAAGUUCAACAAAAGGCUUCAUCAGCGCAAGAGGCUGUUGAGAGAAGAGAGCGACUCGAAAAGGAUAUGAAGGCAAAGAAUGUCGAGCUUGCAGAUCUUAUUAAGGAACGUGAUCGUGCGAGGUUACAGUUAGAGAGAGUGAAAGGAAGUCAAAAGGAUUCUUUGGAGAAAUUACAACUAGAAAAGGGUGAUUUGGAAGAUAAAUUAAGGAGGAGACAACAAGAUGCUCAAAAACAGCUUGAAGAUAUGCAAGAGAAGUUUGCUUCGCAGCUGAAAUUGACUGCAAAAUCCAAUUCAAAGGUGUUGGAUCUUGAGGAUAAACUCAGGGAAAAGGAAAUGGAGUUGGAAGCUAUGCAACAAACAAUGGAUGAAACUGUCAAUGAUCUCGCGGAGCAGCAGAAAUCAAAAGAUUUAAAAUUGAAGGAGACUCACUCGAGGUUGCUUUCACUUGUGGAUGCAAUCCUCAAAUCUGGAGUGAAGAGAAUACAGGAUUCAGUUUUUAUGCUAGAUUCGCCAAUGGAAGCGGGAAACGGUAAUGCCUCACCAUCUUACAUUUCCACUUUGAUUGAAAAAUGCUCGAAUUCUGCAACAGAAUUUUCUAAUAGCUUUAAUGCAUAUCUUAUUGAUGGACCAAAGGGGGAUGUUGUUAAUGUUAUUGAUACAAUUACAGGUUUUGCAACAUCUGUCAGUGAUAUUUUGAUGUCCACAAAAGGUCUAACUAGAUUGACUGAGUCUGGUGAUUUUCAAGAUGACCUUAUUGAUACGGCAAGAGAUGUCGCAGAGAUGGCCCAAGUAUUUUUGGAGUCAUUGAUCAGUAGCAAUCGACAGGGAAAUACAAUUGAAUCCCAAACAGACAUGGUCAUCAAUGGAAAUGUAGAUCUACAAGAGAUUUUACAGACGUUACUCCAGUUGGUGGAGUCGUUGGUUGCCCCAGGAUCGCAAGUGAAUCUUGAAAGAUUAAGUAAAGGGCAACAGGAGUUGGAAGAGGUUGUUGAUAAAGAAAUGGAAAAUGCUUCUGCAACUAUAGAUGCAGCUUCCCGCCGUUUGAAGGAAUUGCUAAAGGCAAAUGUUUCUGGUCCUAGCGUUGAAACAAUUGAUGUUCAAGUUAAUAACUCUAUUUUAGGUUCUGCCUUGGCAAUUAUCGAUGCCGUCAAACUUCUCAUCAAUGCAUCUAUUUCAUCGCAAGAGGAAAUUGUUAACAAGGGAAGAGGUUCGCAUUCUAGAAGCUCUUUCUACAAGAAGAAUAACAGAUGGACCGAGGGUUUGAUCUCAGCUGCCAAAGCUAUUGCGUAUAGCUCAAAUGUUUUGAUCCAAAUUGCUGAUGGUACCUUGCAGGGAAAUAAUUCAAAUGAAGAGUUGAUUGUAGCCUCGCGGGAAGUCGCUGCCUCGACUGCACAACUUGUAGCAGCAGCAAGAGUGAAAUCCGAUUUAAUGUCAAAGACAGAAAGCAACUUGGAAGGAGCCUCGAAGAAGGUCAACGCAGCCUGUAGAAAGUUGGUGGCAAAAGUAAACGAAUUGAUCACUAGCAAAAAUGUUAUGGAUGAUGUUGACUACUCUAAAAUGAAUGUCCAUGAAAACAAGACAGCAGAAAUGGAGCAACAAGUGGAGAUCUUAAAGCUUGAGAAAGCAUUGGACGUUGCUAGAAAGAGAUUGGGAGAAAUUAGAAAAUUCUCCUACAAGGAUGAUCAGUAUGUUAUUGAUGGAUCAAGUAGUUAG